GAUUUUUGAACUGCGCUGAGUGUUCAAUAUGUCGUCAGAAGAUGAUUGGUCAAAGUUACCCACUCUGUCCAAAGUACAACACAAGCUCUGGAACGCACGUGUGGCGGGAUACGAAGAAGCGUUCAAAAUAUUUUCAACAGAGACAAGUGGAAAAAGUCCUGUUUUUAACGAAUAUGUUGGAUUAAUGAAGAAGUUUGUUACUGAUUCUCAUGCUGGAGCUCAGGAAAAAGCUCUGGAUGCUGUCUUAGCAUACAUAGAAACAGCUGCAGCAGCGACGAAGUAACUUUUGAGUUUUCUCUAACUCUUGUUAGAUGCGCUGGAGAUAUUUGUUCCGGUAUCAUAUCAAAAUGUCUAGGUUCUACUCGAAUGAAAACAAAAGACAAGUCAAUUGAGUGCCUACUGAUGCUGAUAGAAAUCGAGCGUCAUGAAUUAGUAAUAGAAGAGCUCAUAAAAGGUUUAUCAACUAAAAAUCCAAAGGUUGUUGUCGGAAGCUUACAGACGCUUCGUGAAGCUCUAAAUCUUUUUGGCCCAACUGUUGUCCCGAUCAAACCUCUUUUUAAAGAGUUUGGACGACUACUUGAUGAUCGAGACCAAGGAAUUCGAAACGAAACGAAAAAUCUCAUUGUUGAGGUCUACAGAUGGAUAGGAGUAACCACGAAAGACUUAUUAAAGGAUAUCAAACCAGUUGUGAUGACUGAGUUAUGUGAAUUAUUUAACUCUAUUCCACCCGAAAAACCUGUUCGAUUGAGAUAUUUACGCAGUCAAAAACCUAAAGAAGUUACUUCAGAUACUGGGACUGAAAAUGGUCCUAGUGAUGACGCUAUUCCAGGUGAAACCCUAACCGACCAGGUUGAUUUAGAUAAUAUGAUUACUCCUGUUGAAGUUCUUAGCAAAAUCCCCAACGAUUACUGGCAAAAAAUAGGGGAAAAGAAGUGGCAAGAUCGGCGUGACGCUUUAGAGGCAGUUGAAAAAAUUACGAACGUUCCUCGGAUCGUUCCGGGUGAUUUCACAGACCUCGUGAAAAGCUUGAUUCAGGUUAUAAAUAAAGAUACUAACAUAAUUCUGGUGACUCUUGCUGCUAAAAUUUUGGGACAAAUAGCACGAGGAUUAAAAUCUAAGUUCAGUCCUUACUCCCAACAAACCUUACAAGCGUGUUUAGGGAAGUUUAAAGAAAAGAAGCCCAAUGUUGUUCAAGCUCUAAGAGAAUCUGCUGAUGGUGCUAUAUCUUCGACUUCAGUAGAUCAUUUUGUGGAUGAUAUUGUAGCCGCAUUGGGUCACAAAACACCUAAUGUACGUGCAGAAGCAGCUUUAAUUCUAAGUAGAGCGUUCAAAAAAUGUUCUGCCACAUCACUAAACAAAAAGAUUUUAAAAUCAUUUACUGUACCCUUAUGUGUAACAUGCAACGAUACUGAUCCUGAAGUGCGUGAAUGUAGUUUUGCCGCGCUUGGUGCUGCAAUGUUCGUCGUGUCGGCAAAAACUAUCCAGCCUUUUCUCAGCGAACUUGACUCCAUCCGCCUGGCGAAAAUCAAUGAAUGUUGCGAACAAAUAGCGUCUGAACUUAGUAAUUCAAAUAACUCUGGUAACCAACCAACUGCUACUUCGAUAAGUAUAUCUACAUCUGCUAAACCCAAUACUGCAUCACGUCGUGCAGCACCACCGGUCACUCGUCCUAAUACAGCGCCCAGUGGCACUGGACAAGCUACUUCCGAAUGUGCUACUAAAACACCAACCUUAGGGCCAUCUAGUAAGAAAUCGACAGCACGUACAAAAUCUGUUGUUGAGAAACCGAAAUCCACGAUUCCAACAGAAAACUUGUUAACAGAGGAUGAAAUAUCUCAGAAAGCUUCUGAGCUUCUUGGGGAAGCACUUAUCAAGCAAAUAUCCGAUACGAAUUGGAAAGAACGCUUGCAAGCGGUUGAACAAAUGAAGUCUAACAUACAUUCCUUUAUCAGCUCUGAUGUACCUGUUCAAAUUUUGUGUCGGGCUGUUCUGCUUAAACCUGGAAUCAAGGAUACUAAUUUUCAGGUACUGCGUGCUCGAAUUGAGUACAUCAAUGAAGUUUUGUCCUUAAGCAUCUCUAUCAGUUCAAAUUUGGCUGAGUUACUUUUACCAGAUUUGAUUGAUAAGGUUGGUGACACGAAAGUCGGUGACGUCACAAAAACCGCGAUGACAAAAUUGGCCGAGAAAACAAGUCUCGAAUUAGUUGGUGGCUUUGUAAUGCGCACACUAUUUCAGAUUAAAAAUCCUCGCAGUCAGACCGAAGGUUUGGUUUGGUUGAAUCAAAGCAUUCUGGAAUUCGGAUUUUGUAUUCCAGCACAAGAAGUUGGGCCACUUCUAAAAACAGGCCUAAAUGCAACUAACCCUUCUGUUCGACAAAGUUCACUAAAUCUUGCUGGGACUAUUCAUUUAUAUCUUAAUGAUCGUUUGGUAACUUUAUUAGCGGAUGAAAAGCCGGCUUUGAUUACGUUACUAAACGCGGAAUUUGCAAAAAACAAAGAUAAAAAGGCUCCUGCUCCAACUCGUUUUUCUGCUGCUCAGAACUUGCUCAAAGAUUCAGUGUCUACUGAACCCAGUGGAACUGGAACAUUGUCUGGAGAUAUAGAAACUACUGGUCAAAUAGAGGAGAUGGACUCUGAUGCAUUACUUCCAAAAGUAGAUAUCAGUGACCGAUUUACACCUGAACUCCUGGGUCUUCUGAAAAGCAAGAUCUGGAAAGAACGUCUAGAAGCACUGACUACUAUUGAAAAAUUUGUGACUCCUUCCAAUUUGAUUGAUGCUUCGAACGGAAAGCUUCAAGAACCUUUGACUAUGAUAGCUAAGGCAGCUAAUGAUGUGAAUAAAAACCUGGCUAAACAAGCUUUAAUAAUCCUGUCUUCCUUUGCUUCUUCAAUGCCGAAAUCGGAUGCUGUGAAUUACAUAAAGUAUGUUGAACCACCUAUUUUACUCUGUCUUGGCGAUUCAAAAGUUCAAAUACGUGAGGCAGCUGUAACUGCACUUAGCUCUUGGCAAAGUAGAGUUCCUAUUUUAUCAGUAUUUGAGAAUGACAUGUUAGCUGAUGCUUUAAAAAUGGAAAAUCCAUUUUUACGAGCCGAAUUAUUACGUUGGCUUCAAGAAGUUCUCUCACCUAUGCCAUUAAACGCCCUGCGGAAAAACGCUUCAGAAAUAACAGAGAAUCUAAUACCUCAAGUGUUCGCUUCUCUUGAAGAUCGUAAUGUUGAAGCUCGUAAACAAGCCCAAAUAGUUCUUCCUUCAUUAAUACAAGUUUUUGGCUGGGAACCUAUUUUAAAGUCUGCCAAUCGUUUGAAGCCUACCUCAAAGGAUUCAAUUAUGCCUCAUUUAGAGAAAGCUCGUGAAAGUGUAGCUAAUUCACAUCCCUCAUCCGUGGAGAAAAAAACCGUUUCUCCACCUAAAGCGGUACGUGGAGGUAAUGGAGCACGUCCACAACUUUCCUCAAAUGCCCCAGAAAAUAGCGAGGAAUCUGAAAAUGCUACACAAUCUUCAGACAUUACCUCAAAGCCUGUUUCUGAGACGAAGAAAAAGACUGAUACUAAAAAGUCUAUCAACACGUCUAAAAACUCAGGUCCGGAACUGGCAACAACAUCCAUAAUUCUACCACCAAAUAAGUUAGCUAAGAGUUCUAGGUUAAAUGAUGAGAAGAAACGCAAGCUUUUAAAAUGGGAUUUCGAUGCUCCAACAAAAGAUCACAUACAACAAUUAAGUACAUUAUUCAUUGCAGCUGGAACUGCUCCUGAAUUUCAUGCACUUUUAUUCCAUACCGACUUUAAACAACACAUUAAGGCAAUCGAACAACUUUCUCAAUUACUAGAUACCACUGAAGGUUGUGAGGCUACUGUAAUAAAUGUGGACAUUAUCUUGAGAUGGAUUGUUCUACGAUUCUUUGAAACUAAUCCAGUUGUUUUAGGCAGAUGUAUGGAUUAUCUAACAAAAUUAUUCGUUUAUAUGUCAGAGUCUGGAGCAAAUCUUUCGGAACAUGAAGGUGGUUCAUUUCUUCCUUAUUUGGUAAUGAAAGUGGGUGAACCUAAAGAUGUAGUUCGACAGAAUAUUCGAGGGAUAUUGAAACUAGUGGUUAAUCUUUAUCCACCUAGUCGUCUAUUCACAUUUCUCACUAAUGGGACUAAGGCCAAGACAAGUAAAACAAGACAAGAGUGCUUGGAUGAAAUGGGUUCUCUGAUUGAUCGUUUCGGAUUAAAUGUUUGCCAGCCUUCUAUUCCCAUCGCAAUCAAAUUAAUCGCUCAACAAAUUGGUGACCGUGAUAGUGGAGUUCGAUCAGCGGCUUUGAAUGCUUUACUUUCUGCGUAUUCUGUUAUUGGUGAACAGAUAUGGAAGGUUAUCGGCGAUAUACCUGAAAAAGAACGUUCAAUGCUGGAAGAACGUAUCAAACGAGCUGGGCAAGCACCGAUCAAUACUGUUGAUAAUUUUGAACCAAAGACGCCGUCUGUAAGAUCGAGCACUGCAAGACGUGAUCCAUCAGAUUCACGCAAUCCUCUAGAGCCUGUUCCAAAUGAAUUUCGCCGUCAGCAACCGGUUUCUGCAGCUCAUGCUAGAGCACGUGCUAUGUUGAAUGAACUAGGUGAUUUAUCACCUGAGAAAGCUCCAAGUAUGCCUCCACUUAUUCAGUUAGACGCUGAUAUAAAUGAUCUCUUUCAACCAGUUGAAAUCCCAGCAUUGAAAACACACGUACGCCAGCCUGUUCUCAAUGCACUAUUACGAACAAGUCCUGAUACUGCUUCAGCGAUCACAAUGGUCGUAACGGCUAUAUCUUCUAAUGAUUUACUAAUCAGUUGUCAUGCUUUAGCCGAAAUCGACACUGUUCUUCGAGAUGAAAAGUGGUACCUUUUACUCAAUCAUGUCAAUCAAGUCCUGAUGCUUAUUACAAUGCAGUUACGUCAAGUUACUUCGAGAUAUUUUGGAGAUCCUUCAGUUUCAGAGGAGCAGUUGCAUACAUUGAUUCGGUCUCAUUUGGCCACUAUUGAAUCUCUUUUUAGUCGUCCAACAUUAGGUCGUGAAGCCUCACGGGAAACUUUAAGAGAAUUAUCUCAGUCUCUCCUUCAAAUGAUGUUGGAUGAAAGGACUUCUGAAAUGUCCAGUGGAGAAAAUGUUAUCAGAUCAAUCAAUGCAUUAUUUGUUCUUAUUUUGGAGGCUUCUAAUGGAACACGUAUACUCAGUGCGCUCAUUCGGUUACUGCAUGAGUGUGUCAGUAACGGACAUUUUACAAACCGAUUCACUCAAGCUAUCCUCAAAAGUAUAUGGCGUAUUACCAAGGGAAUGAAUACUGCAUUUAAUAAUUACUCUGUGGAUGUCAUACUUCUGGACUGUCAUCAUUUUUUAAAGGCUUUCCCACCUUCCUCAUGGAGUGCUCGUAAAUCAGAUGUUCCUUUACGAACAAUCAAAACCUUAUUGCAUGUAUUAUGUGGCCUCCAAGGUCCAUCAAUUCUACAGUUUCUAGAAAGUAUACCUAAUAAGGAAGAUUCAGAACUGGAGUCCUACCUCAUUCGCACACUAAAAACUACUUCAGGAGUUACAACUACUACCUCUGAUCCGAAAAAAAUACUGGCGUCUGAAAGUCAUUCUAAAGGAUUUGUACUUUCUACUGUAACUCGUGAGAAAUUAACCGAAAUAUUCAACAAGGUCGGAUCUAAGAAACCUGAUGAAGGUUUAAAUGAACUAUACGAUUUCACUCAGCUCUAUCCAGAUGUAGAUUUAUCGUCAUACUUAACAAAUACGAGCCAAUUUUUCCAAGCCUACAUAAAACAGGCUUUACGAAAUAUAGCUGUUGAACGCGCCCGUCAGGCUAGGCUAAGUGUAAAUGACAAAGAACCAAACACAUUAGCAGCUCAUCAAACUGAUGGCGUUUUAGCGCGUCCUAAUUGGAAUUCAGAUUUUGAUGCAAAUAUUAUCAAUGGCCAACCAACUGAUCCAAAAGUAUUUAUGAAUCGAUUGGCGGUGCUACGAAGAGAACUGGGUCUUGGUGGUGUAUCCACAACUAACAUGGAUGAUAAUAUUGGGUCAUCUGACGAAGCUGGAAUACAAAAUACAGCUUUUGAAACAACUCUUCGAGUAAGUCUAUUUUAAAAGGAAGUAGCUAUGCGAGACCUGAUUAAAUCCGUGUGCUUUUAACAAGUAAAAAUAUAUUGGUUAUGCUUCUUGCACUUCCAAACAAUCAACAUGAACCAGUAAUAAAAUACUCCCAACUGAACAAAAAAUAAUAAGUUUGGACUAGGCACAGUUGUCAUAAUAAGAAUCGCUUCAUUCAACCGUAUUUAUUGAUAUUUUUGUUUUCCAAUUUGUUUAACUUUCUACAAUGGACAUUCAUGUCUAAAUUAUCAUUAAGUGUUAACAGGACUUGUAUGAAAUUCACACGAAUUUCGCUCUAGCGAACUAACUGUGGAAGGUCUAUUUAAUUAGAUUUGAAAAGCGUUCAUAGAAUAACCUCAUCGAGGAGAUUGUAAAAACUGCACCGUGUAUUAAACUACAACUAAUUUCACCUAGUCACAACAAUCGCCUAACUUUUUUAAAACCUGAUUUUGAUGUUUUCAAGUUUUUACUAUUUGUGUUACUGAGUAGUGUGUGUCGAUCAGACUUUGAAUCUACGUUUACUAACAGUCGUGCGAAUUCAGUUGGAAAAAAAUAGUUAUUUGCGCUGACCUCCAUUUGCCAUGACAAAAAUUACGACAUUGCUGCCAAAGUUGAGCUGGGUUAAGCUAUAUUGCACCGAUUGCAAUUAUUUCUGAAACUUUGAUGUAUAAUUCAAAGGAUUCUUCUCGGUCAUAUUUAUUAGGAUUCGACUGCUUAUUUGUAGAAACAUGUGAAUUAGUGCAACAACUAACAUAUAAUAGUUGAACGUCUGCUGGUUCGUUAUAACUCACUGUAACCGUUUUGAGGUUUAUUGUGUGAUAGAUUUUCGCUACGGUCUCCAAAUGAUCAUCUGUAUUAUCAAGACAGUUAUUUGAAAUCGAAGUUAUCAGUAAUAGCACAAGAUUUAUUGGUGAUUUCUGAUGAAGGAUUACUUUCACUGUUCACUCUUCAUGUAGAGAUAAACUUUAAAUCAUACAUAACAAAUAAAAUUUUAUCUUUCAGAAUAUGGUUCAACCAAAUGGUGAUUCUCCAGAUGAAAAUACUCAACCUGAAACAGAACAAAGGCCUACCAUGUCCACCACUGAGUUAAUGGACUUGAAACGAAGACUAGAACGGAUUAAAAGUGCCCAAAAGCAUUAACAGUUUCUUUGCGUGAUAAAGUAGUCUUCCAAUCAUCUCAACUUCCAAUUAUUUACGUUCACUAACUUCUGCUUUUCAUAUGUAAAUAUUUCUUAGAUGUUCGUUAUGAGAUUUUUAUGUCCAGACUUUUACGUAUUACGCAAAAAAGUACGUAACUAAAUAUACAUGUGAUCGUUAACUAAACUGUCUUUAUACCAGCAAACAUUUUUUUACAGAAAAACAGUUAAUUGUACAAAUUUACUGUCUAUUAAUUAAAUAUAUGUUUG